GGAGGUGGUUUACAAGAACAGGGGUGGGGCUUCUGCCACGAGUCAGGAAGUGUUGGGGAAGCACUGGACAGCAGAACUGGAGCAGCUGGCCUGCAGGCCAUUGCCUUCCAGGGGCCAAGAGCUGCUCUGACCACCCAAAGAUCCUCUCUUCCCACCCAGCUGGACCCACCAUGGCACGGCGGCUCCAGGAGGAGGUGGCCGCCUUCUUCUUCGAGUAUGACACUCCCCGAAUGGUGCUUGUGCGCAACAAGAAGGUGGGCGUUGUCUUCCGACUGAUCCAGCUCGUGGUUCUGGUCUACGUCAUUGGGUGGGUGUUUGUCUAUGAGAAGGGCUACCAGACGUCAAGCGGCCUCAUCAGCAGUGUGUCUGUGAAGCUCAAGGGCCUGGCUGUGACCCAGCUCCCGGGCCUCGGCCCCCAGGUCUGGGAUGUGGCAGACUACGUCUUCCCAGCCCAGGGGGACAGCUCCUUCGUGGUCAUGACCAACUUCAUUAUGACCCCAAAGCAGGUACAAGGCUACUGCGCAGAGCACCCGGAAGGGGGUCUGUGCAGGGAUGACAGUGGCUGCACCCCUGGGAAGGCAGAAAGGAAGGCCCAAGGCAUCCGCACGGGCAAGUGUGUGCCCUUCAAUGACACUGUGAAGACAUGUGAGAUCUUUGGCUGGUGCCCCGUGGAAGUGGAUGACAAUAUUCCACGCCCUGCCCUUCUUCGAGAGGCCGAGAACUUCACUCUCUUCAUUAAGAACAGCAUCAGUUUUCCACGCUUCAAGGUCAACAGGCGCAACCUGGUGGAGGAGGUAGAUGCCGCCUACAUGAAGACCUGCCUCUAUCACAAGACCCUGCACCCACUGUGCCCUGUCUUUAAACUUGGCUACGUGGUGCAAGAGUCAGGCCAGAAUUUUGGCACCUUGGCUGAGAAGGGUGGGGUGGUCGGCAUCACCAUCGACUGGGACUGUGACCUGGAUUGGCAUGUACGACACUGCAAACCUAUCUACGAAUUUCAUGGGCUGUAUGAGGAGAAAAGUCUGUCUCAAGGCUUCAACUUCAGGUUUGCCAGGCACUUCGCAGAGAAUGGGACCAACUACCGUCACCUCUUCAAAGUGUUUGGGAUUCGCUUUGACAUCCUGGUGGAUGGCAAGGCCGGAAAGUUUGAUAUCAUCCCCACAAUGACCACCAUUGGCUCUGGGAUUGGCAUUUUUGGGGUGGCCACAGUUCUCUGUGACCUGCUGCUGCUCCACAUCCUGCCCAAGAGGCACUACUAUAAGCAGAAGAAGUUCAAAUACGCGGAGGACAUGGGACCAGGCGCGGGUGAGCGAGACCCCGCGGCCACUAGCUCCACUCUGGGCCUGCAGGAGAACAUGAAGACAUCCUGACCUUCAGCCCCGGCUCCUGGCCGGACUCAGCGUGAGGCUUCAGGCUGGAGCCCAUCCUGGAGCCCAGGAAGUCUUCAGCCCUCUCAGCCAGGCAGAUAACAGUUUAUUGGCAGUUCAUGGUGGAUGGACCCUAGGAGAGAUCUGUGCAAUUCUGGGCUCUGACUUCAGCCACACUCCAGGGGAUCCCCCAGGCUCAGCCGCUUCUGGUUGGGAAGGGUCCCACACACACCUGUACCCUGGCUUUGUGCUUCUCUUUGGGCCCUCAUUAUCCAUCCACUGCCUCAGUUUCCCAAUCUAUGCUCUCCAAUGUGGCAGCCACUAGCCACA